AUGGCUCCACCAAGCUCCUCCAAGGACAAUUUCUUCGAGAAGGGCAUCAACCCUUACCUAUCGGAGGUGAUGAAGCACCCUCAAUCCAUUGAGAUGUGUGAGGGGGUGCUCCACAUCCGGGAUAUUCAAGGGCCCAAGAGGACGGGGACCAUGGAGGCCACGCUCGAGGCGGUGGAACAAGACAUCUUCAAGUGCCAAGGGAUGGUGGAGCGUGGACUUAUCGCCAAUCACUCCAUGAUCACAAAAUUCACCUGUGACCACAUGGUGGAUGGCCGGUCCGUGAAGGACAUCGUCUUCACCUUCAACGAGCAAAUCAAUUUUCUGCAAAGCCAAAUCUACGAUCUUCAAAACCAAGUUUUUGAGUAUGAAGCAAGAUUCAAAGCUACGAGUUUAGCUGCCAGUUGCAGGACUGAGGAGACUCGUGCAUCCUAUUUUGAUGGUGAGCCCCUUCCCUGUAAGCCGGAGGACAAACCUACUACUUCAUCACCACCACCUUCAUCAUCUUCCCCAUCAAAGGAGACUUGA